CUUCUGCUAGGCUAGUUUUGUUACUUCUCGCAGAAGGUUCUCUGGGUCUUUUUUUUUUGGAUUAAAAAUUAUUAAAAAAUAUUAUUAAAAAAGGCCGUAUAGUCGAUAAUACUUUGAUACAACAACAAAGUAUAAAUCAAAGGGGUUUCCUGGGGAGAACCUGUAGGAAGGGUUUUUUACCGUUUCAUUGUUCCAUAUCUUCACGUAAUCGCUUUUGGUUAUCUCAUCUUUAUUCUCUCUCUCAUAAAAGGGCAAAAAGGGGGUCUUUUUAGGGUUCUGAUUUGGUUUUUUUUUUUUGUUUUCUGUGUUUGUGUUUGUGGGUGUGGUGAAUUUGGGGAGAUGACUUGUGGGCCUCUGGGAUUCUUGGUAGUUUUUAAGAGUUGUAUGAUGGGUCAGUGACGAUUAGGGUUCUUUUGGCGUUCUCUGGUGGGUUGAUUAAUAUUGGCGUUUUUUGAAGUGGGUUGGUGAUUAUUUUGGGUUAUCUCCAGGCUAAAAGAAAAUUUAAAAAAAAAAUCGUACUUCGAUGAGGUUUAUCUUGUGAAGGGCUUGAAUUUGAACUAUAUUUUCUGUGUUUUGGCUUGAAUUCUGUGAUUUUGGUUUUUUGAGCUUAAAGUUGAGAAAUGAAUUCAAGUAUCACAGAAAGUUUGGUUCAUGAGGACAAGCUUUUGGUUCAUAUUGCAGAGAAUGGUCACUCAUUUGAGUUUGAAUGUAAUGAAACCACGUCUGUUGAGGCUGUUAUGCGGUUGAUUGAAUCUGUUUCAGAUAUAAACUUUAAUGACCAACUUCUUCUCUGCUUGGAAUUGAAAUUGGAGCCCCAAAAGCAGCUUUCAGCUUACGGGCUCCCAUCUAAUGAUAGAGAAGUGUAUCUAUAUAAUAAAGUGAGGUUGCAAAGUAAUUCGCUGCCUCCUUCACCUGAGCAAGUUGAUAUACUUGAAGCUGCCGAACCUGCUCCACCAGCACCAACGCAAGACCCUCACCCUUUGGAUGAUGCCUCAGACCCUGCUUUGAAGGCGUUGCCUUCUUAUGAGAGGCAAUUUACGUACCAUUAUCAUAAAGGGCAUGCUAUAUAUGUUCGCUCACAAGCUAAGCUUGAGAAUUGUAAGCGGCUCUUGAGGGAGCAAAAGGUGCAAGAGAGAGCUUUGGAGGUUGCUAGGAGUAACUUGGAGAACUAUUAUAGGGUGAUUAGCCAAAAUUAUAAUGAAUUCAUGAAGCGUUAUCUCCAGCAGUAUAGGAUACAUACUGAUCUUUUGGCAAAUUUCGGCAAGGAAAUUGAGAAAUUGAGGUCCGUGAAGCUUCAUCCGAGUUUACAGACCCCUUCACGCAAAUGCUUGUUGGAUUUUGUGAAGGAAGAAACUUUGCGCAAAGCAGCUGAGAAUUGUAGUAGCUCACACAGGCAGUUUGAGAAUAAAGUUUCACAAUUUAAACAAAUGUUUGCCGAAGUUAAGUGCAAAGCUGAGGACUUGUUUAAUACCAGGGCCUCCUUCCCCAUCAAGAAUUUAGAAGGAAUGAUCAAAGAUUACCGGAGAUUCAUCCACGAACAAAAAAGUAUAAUGCAGUCAUUGAGCAAAGAUGUUAGUACGGUGAAGAAGCUUGUGGAUGAUUGUCUGUCCAGCCAGUUGUCUUCCUCAAUUCGCCCACAUGAUGCAGUUUCAGCCCUGGGUCCUAUGUAUGAUGUCCACGACAAGAAUCACCUACCUAAAAUGCGGACUUGUGAUCAUUUUAUCUCUGACAUGCUUGACUUUUGCAAGGAUAAGAAGCAUGAAAUGAACGUUUUUGUGCACAAUUACAUGCAAAGGAUAACUUAUAUUUCCUACAUAAUUAAAGAUGCUAAGUUACAGUUUCCUGUUUUUAGAGAGGCAAUGGUGUGCCAGGACGAGAUAUUUGCAGACCUUAAGUUGGUCCGGGGUAUUGAUCCUGCAUAUAGAGCCUGCCUUGCAGAGAUAGUGAGAAGAAAGGCUUCCAUGAAGCUGUACAUGGGCUUGGCUGGACAAUUGGCUGAAAGGCUUGCAACAAAAAGGGAGGUUGAGGUUAGGAGACGGGAGGAGUUUCUGAAGACACAUAGUGCAUAUGUACCCAGGGAUAUAUUAGCAUCCAUGGGUUUAUAUGAUACUCCUAAUCAGUGCGAUGUUAAUAUAGAUCCUUUUGAUGGCAAUUUGCUUGAUAUCGACAUUUCAGACCUAGACUAUUAUGCACCUGAGUAUUUGGCAGUACUGUCUUCUAAGGGUGAUAAAUCUGGUAGCUUAAGAGGUUCUUUUUCCAUAUCAAAUGACAGUUUACAUUCGGCUGAGGCUGAAGAAAUCGCGGUGGACACUCUUGAGAAAGAUGACUCCGAGGAGCUCCUUGAGGGAUGUGAGUUGGUUGAGAUAGCUGGAACUAGCAAGAUGGAAGUUGAGAAUGCAAAACUGAAAGCUGAACUUGCUUCAGCCAUCGCUAUAAUUUGUUCCUUGUGCCCUGAAGUUGAAUAUGAGUCACUUGAUGACAAGAAAUUGGACAGUAUAUUGAAGAAUGCCACUGAGAAGACACUAGAAGCCUUGCAUUUGAAAGACGAGUAUGGCAAACAUCUCCAAUCCAUGCUUAAGGCAAAGCAAAUGCAGUGUGUUUCAUAUGAGAAGCGCAUACAAGAGCUGGAGCAGAGAUUGUCUGAUCAGUAUUUGGAGGGGCAGAAGCAUAUAAACAAUAAGGAUUCGUCUGAUUUGUCCCUUUUGGGUGCAAAGCCUGACAAAUGCAAACCAGAAACUUCAAAUGGUGGAGAAAUCCAUGUCCCUUGUAUAUCUACGUCUGAGCCCAUGGAUGAGAUUUCGUGUGUUUCAAAUUCGUUGGAUGUAAAAUUGGGGCUGUUCAAAAGGCAACCAAGCAAAGGUCAAGAAGCAGUGGAUGAAAAUAUGUUGGAUUCUUCUGGAAUGAUAAAUCCACAUUUAGAUUCGUCAAUGGUGGAGCCAUCUCGUGAGGAACUGCCUGUUGAUGAAAGAGAUGGGAAAGACAAGAUGGCAGGGCAGUUGGGCACGUCCUUGACUAACAGUUCUACUGCUGAGAGCAUGCCUGAGCAUUUGCAUGUCUUACCUUUUGAUGCUGCAGCUGAUAUGAGGUUGGAUUCUAAAGUUAGCAGUGAUCUUGUGGUGAAGUUGCAGAGUGCACUUGCUGAAAAGUCAGAUCAAUUGAGUGAAACUGAUAUCAAGCUUAAAUCUUUGUUGGAUGAGGUUGCAAUGCUUGGAAGGGAGUUGGAGAUGGUUCGGAAGCUCCUUGAUGAAUCUCAGAUGAAUUGUGCUCACUUGGAGAAUUGUUUGCAUGAAGCAAGAGAGGAAGCUCAAACACAUCUAUGUGCAGCUGAUCGGAGGGCCUCAGAGUAUAGUGCAUUGCGUGCUUCUGCUAUCAAAUUGCGUAGUCUCUUUGAAAGACUUCGUGCCAGUGUUUGUGUUUCAGGAACGGUUGUUGGUUUUGCUGACUCCUUGCAUGCUUUUGCUCAAUCUUUGGCCAAUUCCAUCAGUGAAAGUGAAGAUGAUAGUACUCUGGAAUUCCAGAAAUGCAUUCGAAUCCUUGCAGACAGAGUUGGUUAUUUGUCUGGACAUCGUGAAGAGCUUCUUGACAAGUGCCGUAAGGUUGAAGCUACCAAUGAAGAGCUUAGGAAAGAACUGGAAGAGAAGAAAGAGCUAGUUAAAACACUGUUCACAAAGCAUCAACUUGAGAAGCAGGCAAGCAAAGAGAAGAUCUCAUUUUGCCGUCUAGAAGUCCAUGAGAUCGCUGCAUUUGUUCUCAAUGCAGCUGGUCAUUAUGAGGCAAUCCACAGGAACUCCUUGAAGUAUUACCUCUCCGCUGAAUCGGUAGCCUUGUUUACAGAAAAUCUCCAAAGCCGACCCACCUUCAUUGUUGGGAAGAUUGUGCAUAUUGAACACCAAACUGCAAAACCAUUGCCGCCUGUUUCUUCAAGCAGGCCUGAGCAUGGCAAGGCAGAUCAAAUUGAUCAUCCGACUACUACUGGGACUGAUCGCUUGACCUUGAAUUCUGGAUCAACUUCUUCUAACCCAUAUGGUCUCCCAAUUGGUUGUGAAUAUUUCAUUGUGACGGUAGCCAUGUUACCUGGCACCCCCAUUCAUUCACCAUCUCCUUCCUGAUAUAGAUGUGAUGGAAGACACCAAGUGUAUAUAUAUAAAAUAUAAAUAUUCUCAAUAUAAACCACUCAUGGAGGGAGUUGAACUUCCAUUUUCUUCUGUACAGCUGAUAAUUUAAUUUAAGUUAAUCUUCCCUUUGUAUAUAGAGAACUAUGAAUUCUCUCUUCAGUAUGUACAAAACUGUGAAUAUUCAUCUAGUUCUUGAUCCUUAACUG